CUAUAUAUAACUCGAAUUUCUGGGUUUUGCCAUGCACCACCAUCAAUUAAGUUUCAAAGUAAUCUCUGGGGUGUCAACCAUGGCUAAAACACGAACUCCAUUUCCCCUUCUCAUGAUUUCCUUCUGUUUUGUGUUUCUUGUGAAUAACGUGAAGUCAGAUUCACUUUCAUUCGGCUUCUCGAAAUUCGAGCCAGGAAUACAGUUCGACAUUGGUUUCCUCGGCGAUGCCCGUGUAGUAGACGGUGCAAUACAAUUGACUAGAAGAGACGGUGGAUCAUACGGCAAUCCGAUCAUUCGCGAACACAGUGCUGGUCGUGCUGUUUACAUUCCACCCGUCCGUCUCUGGGACAAAACCACAGGGAAACUUGCAGACUUCGAAACUGUGUUCACCUUCGUCGUUGAUUCCGCUGGGUCACAAAUCCACGCUGAUGGCCUCUCUUUCUUCAUCAUACCAUUCGAUGCUGACCCGAGCGUUCCCAAAAAUUCAACUGGGGGAUACCUCGGACUCUUCACUCCCGAAACUGCUUUCAACGCCGACAAGAAUCAGAUAGUGGCGAUUGAAUUCGACAGCUUCGGAAAUGAAUGGGAUCCCGAGCCUGUUGCCAUUGCUCCGCACAUUGGUGUGGACAUCAACAGUCUUGAGUCUGUGAAGACGACAGAUUGGCCUAUUAAUUCAGUUCCUGAAGGUUCGAUUGGAAAAGGUAGCAUUAUCUACGAUUCCGGGAAGAAAGAGUUGAGUGUGGGCGUUGUGUAUGAUACUCAUCCCCCCACUGUUGUUGAGCUGUCGAAAACAAUUGAUCUGAGGGGUGUUCUGCCGGAAUGGGUGAGAAUUGGGUUCUCUGGUGCCACUGGUGACAGCGUUGAGACUCAUGACAUUCUCUCUUGGUUUUUCGCUUCACGUAUCUAGCAGACUUACUUCCUCUAAAGAGAAUAAUGAUCUGUAAUAAGGAAGAGGGCCAAGUCUGCAAUUCUGAGUUGUCAGUGUUUUAUGGAUUCUGCAUGAGUGUUUGUGU